AUGAUCUUCCCAUUUAUCAUUUCCUGUUUACUAGUAUCAGCAACACCGAAAAUAUUUGUAUUUGCUUUUCGAAGCAACGACACUGAUCAGCAGGCCUUGAUUUCCUUCAAGGCUUCCAUAGAUGAUCCAUUGGGUGCCCUGGACUCAUGGAACACUUCGAUGCACUUCUGUCAGUGGGGGGGCGUUACGUGCAGCAGCAGACGGGAGAGAGUAAUAAAACUAAAUAUCUCCGACCAACAAGUGGGGGGCAGAUUGUCUCCACAUAUUGGUAAUCUUUCGUUUCUCAGAGGACUUUACGUCUACCAGAACAACUUUCAUGGCUCGAUUCCAAAUGAAAUUGGACUAUUGUUUCGCCUCCAGUAUCUUAAUUUGAGGCAGAAUUAUUUCACAGGUGAAUUCCCAGCCAAUUUGAGUCAUUGUACAAACAUGAGAAAACUUAGUAUGAGUAACAACGAACUUGAAGGAAAACUACCCACCGAGUUUUCCUCUUGGUCUAAGCUUGACCAGUUUGAUGCUCGAGUCAAUAAUUUCACAGGCUCAAUUCCACCUUCAAUAGGUAAUAUAUCAACCCUUCUUUAUCUUGAUCUAGCCUAUAACAAUUUAUUUGGGGGCAUACCUUUGGAACUUGCACAUCAUACAAGUUUACAGUUUCUUAAUUUAGGAGUAAACGGGUUGGGGGGUCUGGUUCCGCCUUCACUUUACAACAGUUCGUCCCUCUAUAUUGUCGGUCUAAACCAGAAUGUAUUAGAAGGGACACUUCCAUCAGAUUUAGGCUUCACCCUUCCGAAGUUGCAAGGCUUUUACGGUGAAGGUAACCUGUUUUCAGGGCCACUUCCACCGUCAAUAGUUAAUGCGUCCAAUCUUGUUAACCUUGACAUCUCGGCAAACAGUAUUACUGGGCCUAUACCAAUCAACUGGAAUAGCCUUCCUAAUCUUCAAGUGCUAGGUCUGGGUCAGAAUCCAUUGGCAGACUAUUCGCAGCUCCAAGACUGGAUCUUUUUCAAUUCUCUGGUAAAUUGUACCCUUCUAACUUACUUGGACUUCAGUCAGAAUGGUUUAAGAGGGAAGCUCCCCAGCUCAAUUGUAAAUCUCUCCACCACCAUAGAGACACUCUAUUUGAUUGGAAUAGUCUUGGAGGAAUAA